GCCUCAGCUAUUCGGGCUCACCACCAUGCAUUGCCUACCACCUGCCGAAGUAUUGAGGCGAUAUCGGACAGCUCCAUGUAACCAUCCGAGCUUGAUGCGGGUAUUCGGAACACGGUGGCAUCCCAUUUGUUCUGAGUUUGCCUGCUUGCUCGGGCAGUGCUGGAGGAUCUAGCUUGGUACCGGCUGGUCUUUGUUUCUUUGAGCACCAUUGAAGAGGGGUUUGGAAGGCGCCCUGCUAUGCUGGCAGUCAGGCCUUCAUCCUUCACAAAGCAUAUGCGGCAUUUUUAGACACUGCACUUGGCCAUACGACUGCCCAAUUCUUGUAGGCAGUCAGCCUAGUCAAACUCAAAGUUUGUAGCAUAUAUGAGCUGUUUUUUGACACCUUGGUAUCAAUCAUAUCUCUUACCAUCGUCCCCUUCGCAGCUAAUCACAUACUCUCGCUCUUAUUUCUCAUUCACGUCAUACAAGUGGAUUUUUGUUCUUCUAGAAUCCUUCCAGUGGUCCGCAAUUAAAAUCAAGCCAAAGUAACAAGCUUCUUGGAACCCCGCCAAGCACUACAAUCAGUCAGAAACCAUCCGCCCACGCUUGAUUGAGAUAGUUAGAGUCACCUGAUACCCACUCCCCGGGUUGGCUGACAACCUAGUAGGCUUAGCUCAAUCAAAGGACACUCAGUCAUAUCUAGUCAAAGAGGCAUCAAGUACUUAAGGCUUCUCGAUAUCCUUCAAUCUCAAGUGUUCUUCCAAAUCAUCAACUCCAACAACAACCAUUUCACCGACACACAGUCUACCCUACCAAGGUCGAACACAUAAAUAUCAGUCACAAUGGUCUCCUACCAAAUCGCAUCUCCCGAUGAGUACCUUGCCAUCACUGGCGCGGGGGUGAAGACCAUGAGGAUUGUCAAGUCCUCGUGGGUUUUGCCUUUCCAGAAAUGCAAACGUUUCAGCAUUCAACCACAUGACUACUCCAUCAACCUCCAGGCUAUGACAAAAGAAAAGCUGCAGUUCUUGCUCCCCGUCGUCUUCACGGUUGGUCCUGAUGUCAAUGCACGUGGAGGAGUUGCCGGACAAACCCCAGUCGAUGGUGUCAACAUCGAGGAUGCUCCAGAGGACCAAGGUGAUGCACUCAAGAAGUAUGUCAUGCUUUUGGCCGACGCCGAAGCAAAAGGCAAUGGAGGCGGCAGUCCAAAGCAGCAUCUGGAGAACAUCAUCAAAGGAAUCAUCGAGGGUGAAACGCGAGUGCUCGUCAGUGCCAUGACAAUGGAGGAAAUCUUCACUCAGCGCGAAGAUUUCAAGAAGAGAAUCUUCAAGAAUAUCCAAGGAGAACUCAGCCAGUUUGGACUCAAGAUCUACAACGCGAACGUCAAGGAAUUGCGUGACGCUCCUCAGUCCAGCUACUUUGAGUCUCUCUCACGAAAGGCACACGAAGGUGCUAUCAACCAGGCUCGUGUCGAUGUCGCAGAAGCACAAAGACUUGGUACAGUCGGUGAAGCCCAACGCCAGGGAGAGCAGAACCGUGAAAUUGCCAAGAUCAAUGCCGAGACAGCCGUCCAAAAGACUGAGCGAGACAGUGAGAGAGCCCGAGCUGAAGCCACUCUUGCCACCCGCAAAACGAACUUCAACAAGGACGUCAAUCUCGCCCAAAUUGAGGCUACUCGUGCCACUGAAGUCCGUGAUGAGGAGCUCCGCAGAGAGGUUGAAGUCAAGCGCGCUCAGACAGAGUUGGAAAGACUGAGAGCAAGCGAUGUCGUCAAGGCUACCAUUCUCAGAGAAUCCAAGCAACAGGCUGCUGAUGCUAGUAACUACGAGGAACAAGCCCGCUCCAAUGCCGCAUUCUACACCCAACAGAAGACCGCAGACUCCCAUGCGUACGCUGAGCAGAACAGAGCCAACGCAGCCUUCUACUCUGAGCAAAAGGCUGCCGACGCUCACGCCUACAAGAUGAAAGUCGAGGCCGAAGCCCGUUUCCACGCCGCUGCCAAAGACGCCGAAGCCAACCUCAUCCGUCAACAACGCGAGGCUGCCGGUUUAUCCGCCAUGGCAGGCGCCUACUCCGAUCUGUCUGCUGCUUUCGGUGGCCCAGCUGGUCUGAUCCAAUACAUGAUGAUCGAGAAGGGUGUCUACCAAGAGCUUGCCCAGGCCAAUGCCGAUGCUGUCCGUGGUCUCAACCCCAAGAUGACAAUCUGGAAUACGGGCAACCAAGCUGGAGGAGAGGGCGAGAACGGCCAGGGUGGUAUCAACAGUAUCCGAAACAUGUACCAGAUGCUUCCUCCGCUUAUGUCAACUAUCCACGAGCAGACUGGUGUUACCAUGCCUGAGUGGCAAUUCGGCAAGCUCGCUACUCAAAUCGGUGAGGGCGAGGGCCAGGUCGCUGAGGUCAAGAAGGUUAAUGGGAAGGGUCCUAACGGUGUCCAACACUAAAUGGCUCGAUUCAACUCCACGAAUGGUGGAAAGGAGUCACUGAACAGCUGUUCAGACCUCUGACUUGGAAAAACAAGCAUCGCCUUAGCAAGACAUCGCCCUUCAAUAUCCACAACUUGUUUUCAACCGUCACUCAGCCUCAUCAUCACACCUCAUAAUACACUCUGCGACGCCCAGCCACCACACCAACAUCUUCGCCGCUUUUUUCCUUUGUUUCGUUUGCCAUCAGUCACUUUUUUGCAUGAACACACUCAAUCUCCAACUAGCAUACAUGUACGAAACGGGGUGGUCUUUUGCAGCAUGUUUGUUCUCUGCGUAUGGAGUUGGCUUCUAGAUGGUGGAGUACGGAGUCAUUGUUUCAGUCUUCUGACAGUCAGUAAUCGGGCGCCUUACGGAGAGAGUGGAGAGGCUGUAUUGUUUCUAUGGGCUUUGGGAGUUUUUGAUGAUAUGUAGUUUCUAAUCAAGAGGAGAGAAAAUACAAAAAAAAAGUUAAAAA